GACAUUCGCGCGGUACGUUGCGAGCGAGGCGGUGCACUGCGAAGUGCAAACACUCGCCAAGUCGUUGAUGAGCAAGUACGGAUAGUUACUGGAAGACCAUUGAGAAACCGCGGAUAGGACCUCCAUGGCUGCACAGGCACUGGAAGGAGCUGGCGACGUCGGGAGACUGUUCUGCGUGUAGAUCUGGAACGUCGACGUCGAGCCGUCCGCAAAGACGCGGCCAGCUCAGGCGUCGUCGACGGAGUGACAGUUGUGUUCUUUCGCGAGCUGGCUAGUUGCUUCAGCAGUGCAUCGUGGAAGGCCUGGUCCUGCGCUUUAUCGAUGUAAUGGAUGACCUUGUUGAAUGGCUGUUUCGACAGAGCGCGGGGGACGAGGAACAGGAGGGGGAAGAGCAGGACAGAGAGCCUCCUGUGCAUGAUGGGCUCCAGAGUGAUUCAUGCUCCAGAUUAUCGCCUAGACAUAAGUAGGGAGAACAUGUCGGAUUAGGACAUUGGAGGAAUCCGACCGAGCAGCGCGGUGGACGGUCGGGACCUCUGGCACCGAAUGAACACUCAUGAUAUUGGCGGCAUGAGAUUUGGGUGCACGUAAAUGCGACACCCGAGCGCCUCGAAUGAAUGCGGAUGCUUCCUCAUGACAGCGCAAGGAUCUCCUCCUCCUAGCACGGAUCUGGUCAGUGGCCGCCCGACGCCCUGUUCUAGUUAAUGGCUAACUCCGCUCUCAUGUGUCCAUGAUAUCGAGAGAUGCGCUGAAGUAAAACUUGACAAAGGUCCCAACAAUCAAGAAUCGUAGUUGCAAAGUUUGGAUCCGGAUUCCGCGAACGUUCCAGGCUCACGAGGUUCGCAAGCUGAACUUAGAGACAAAUCGCAGUUUUUCGGUGGUAGGUGGGUGUCAUGAGCGAGCGCUCAAAGCUCCAGUUCCGAAUUCGCGCGAUGGAGAACUGCCAGUGGUUAACGUUGAGCACGGCGCAGCCUGCGCUCCGAGCGUCGGUUCGGCCUUCCUCGGGCUUUUACCCCGUCCAUUCCUGUCCCCGGGUUACUGCCCGAGUCAGACGCCACAGCCAGCAAUAGUGCUAUCUACCAACCCGAAGUCUUCGGUACCGACGUCAAAGACAGCCUGGAAUACGCCUUCACUUCAGAUCGCAGAUGACAAUGCGCACAUCUCGACGCGCCCCAUCUAAACAGGAAGUGCAGGUCGACACUAUCUCAUGGAUGCACUCGGGGUCCUUCCUAGUCAUGCUGGUACUGAUUCGGAGACGGCGCUAUGUCUGGAAUGCAUAUAUUCAAGGGCAUCGAAACGGUGGGAUCAACGGACGCGUCUGCUCACUCUGCUCCCUGUGCAGAGUAAACGAAGAUGCGACGCGUUAUCUGCCAACUCUCGCUUCUCCUGAGCCUAGCAAUCGCACUGUUGCCGACGUCCGUCGUAUCGCAGGCCACCAACUCCUCUGUGCUUCCAGUCGGAUCCUGCACCGCAGACAUACCUUGCAGCAAUGGCGCGUGCUGUAAUGGACAGUCUGGUUUUUGCGGGUUCGGCCCCAGUUUCUGUACCACGGUAGCCAGUGGUGGACACUGCACGUCGCAUUGUGACGCUCUCGCUGAAUGCGGACCCUUUGCUGCUCCCGCCAACUUCACGUGUCCUUUGAAUGUGUGCUGCUCUCAGUUCGGCUUCUGUGGUACAACAGCAGAGUUCUGCUCAGCUGGUUGCCAGUCCAACUGCAAUCCCCCGGCACCCCCAUCGUGCGGGGCUGAUCAACAAAGUGCGACUCAACGUCGGAUCGGAUACUACGAGGGAUGGGCAACGACGCGCUCCUGUCUCUCGUACACACCCGAGAUGAUAUCAGCAGAGACUCUGACACACAUUAACUUUGCAUUUGCCCUCAUAUCCAACUCGUUUACAAUCAUUGAGAUGUCUCCUGGCGAUGCUGCCCUGUGGACCCGGACCACGGCUCUCAAGAAAAAGAACGUUUCUCUCAAAGUCUUCUUGUCAAUCGGAGGAUGGAGUUUCAAUGAUCCGCCUACGUCCCAGAUCUUCAGUCAACUCGUUGGCAGCGCUGCCAAUACAGCUACGUUUAUCAGCAGUGCUCUCAACACUUUGCAAGCGUAUGGGUUUGACGGAAUCGAUGUUGAUUGGGAAUAUCCUGCUGCAUACGACCGUGGUGGUAAUCCUGCAGAUAAGGCCAACUAUGUGACUUUCAUGUCCAAAGUCAAAGCAGCCUUCAAGCCCCGGAACUACGGGCUCACCUUUACUGCACCUUCAUCCUACUGGUAUCUGCAACACUUUGAUCUCCCGGGUCUGAUGCAGUCGGCGGAUUGGGUCAACGUGAUGACGUAUGAUCUUCACGGAACUUGGGACGGUGUUGAUCCAUAUAUUGGUUCUCUGGUUCUUGCUCACACCAACUUGACGGAGAUCAAAGACACCUUGUCUCUCUUCGACAAUGUCGGCGUGAAUCCCAAUCAAAUCGUCCUCGGAAUCGGUUUCUAUGGUCGUUCUUUCCAACUUGCCAGCGCAAGCUGCUCCUCGCCUGGGUGUGCCUUCGUGGGUGGAGCGAAUCCAGGCCCGUGCUCGGCCAAUUCUGGAACUUUGAUGUUUUCCGAGAUCGAGCAGAUCAUUGCACAAAACAGCCUCCAGCCGAUCCUGGAUCCUGACGCCGCAGUCAAGUACAUCGUGUGGAACAACGAUCAAUGGGUCAGCUAUGGAACGAUGAUCUGGUCUGUCGACCAGGAUGAUCUGCAGUAUUCUGCGCUCUCUGCACUCUAUCCGGGGAUCGACGUCAACAAGCCGUCCUCUGUCGAGUCCGGCAAUCAAUGCACGAUCACGGGAUGCGGACAAAAUUGCCCUUCUGGAUGGGACACUCUCACGACAUUGACGACGAAUCCUGGUGCGGGAUCAUCGUGCAACGCCAAUUCGCCCGCCAAGCUUUGCUGUCCGUCUGGCAAUGCGCCUCAGAGCUGCUCCUGGCGCGGCGGAGGAUCCAGCACGUGCAAUCCUAGCUGCAAUGUGGGCGAGAUCACUCUCGCCACUGACCCAGUCGGCGGCGAUGGCAAGCCGACUUGCGCGCAGGGAACCAAGGCGUUCUGCUGCUCAAGCGACCAGAAUGAUCCGACGGGAUGCCACGCGACGGGUUGUGGUGAGACGCAGACGGCGUGUGCAUCCGGGGACGCGUUCUUGACCUUUGUGAGGCAAGGGAGCGAGGACAACGGAAGCUGCGAGGCUCAGAAUUCAAGCCCGAAUGUCAUCAACAAGCAACCUUGUCCUCCGAUCUGCAGCACCAACAACAAGCCUGUAUGCUGUCAAGCCAAUGUGAUUUCAUCCUACACGAAUUGUCACUGGGUCGGCGACCUGCCGAAUUGUCUGAACUCAGCUUGUCCAGCGGGGCAAGUCGGGAUCUUCAGUGACAUGCAAGGCGACGCGUCUUCGUCUUGUGUUGGGAACGGAAAACGGCUCUACUGCUGUAAUCCUCCUUCCAAUCAACAGUUCCUGCCUGUACCGGAAGCAUGGGUUCUACCUCAGCUCACCAGCAUCCCUGGCUCGAGCGAAGUCAUCCAACCAGCGUCAUUCACUGUCGACUUCGAUGACAACAUCGGCACCCCUGACGUCAACUCACAGGGUUCUGGAACGAGUGGAGAAUCAGACGAUGGACGCGAGAACGACAGUCCGUUCGGCGAGGUGUUCAUUUCAUCCCCCAAUCCGGGAAGUGUUAGUUCCCUGGAUCUGGCAUCCGACUGGGUCAUCCAUGACUGUGAUGCAAAGAGUGACCAGCCCCAGACGGUCCUUGCCUACUGCUCCAAGGCCAUGGAUGGAGACGAUUCCGGAUGCGGGCAUGUUUUCAUCGGAGAAGCCCAGCACACCGUCGUCCGAAUGCCGAAGAGCUGUGGCUUGGGACCCUAUGCCCGGGUCGUGUCGCUUGCUCCGCACGAGAAUCAAGCCGUCCUCGCAGCUGCCAGGUUGAAGAGAGCUUUACCAGAGAAUGAGCUCGUGUACCAGUUCUCAUUCGACUACAACUUUGCUGCUGUGCCAGCUGCGAACGGGCCUAUUUUGAUGCGUGCUGAUAUGACCGAUAUGCCUGGAUACUGGGAUGCUAUCAUCAACACCCCUCCAGAUUCAGGGACAACCUCAACCAAGCGAUCGAACAGCAAACGUGAAUUCCACCAGCCUGAGGAACUUGAACGCCGGUGGUUUGGGCCGUUCGACAACUGGCUUCAGAAGAUCAACACGGUGACGAACUCGAAUAGCGUGUCGCGAAACUUCCAUUGGUCGGAUAAAUACACGAUCUUUCAUCAGGAAGAGUCCUGUCCCAACUUUAGCUCCAGUCUCGAUAUCUCGGUCUCGGGCAACGCCCAAGCGAACAGCCGAUUUGGCUACUAUCUCGAAGCGACGAUCGUUCCGCCUGCGAUCCAGCAAUGCUACGUCUAUCUGAACGCGGGUGCUAGUGCCCAGGCCACGUUCACCAUCACCGGUCUUGCGCAGGUGGAUUUCGGGACGGAGAGAAGUGAGCUGGUGUCGUUUGGAUUUCCUGGGCUUUAUUACCCGGGAUUGUUGACGAUUGGGCCGAGUCUGCAUCUCUACGGAGAGCUGAGUGGCACACUCAGCAUGUCUGGAACUUACAGCGCCACUGUCGGGUACACAUUCCCGGGUAUUGAUGUCGUCUUUGGCAAGCAAGACAACAAAGCAGACGAGGAACAAACCAGCAACCCAGUGAGCCCAGACUCCAGCAACCAGGGCUACGACUUUUCUCUGGGCUACAACGUGAAUCUGGAGGGCAACGUCCAGGCGCACCUCGUGCCCAGUCUGCAGCUCGGAAUCAGCGUGCUCGGAGGCCAGGUCCUCGACGCCCAGGUUUUCGUCGAAGCUGACCUUUAUGCUGGUGUCGGUGUGACGGGCAGUGUGUCCAAUACAGUGGCACCCAACUUCUGUGUCAAUCCGUUCUACGGCGCGAAUCUGAACGCUGGGUUGACUGGAUCGGUGCUGUUCUGGCGGAACAAUGCCGUCAGCUACAACUUCUACUCGAAUCAGUUCCCCUUCGGAGGCCAAUGCUUCAACUCAGCGAAUGAGGCAACCGGAUCAUCGAGGCGUGAGCUGGAGCCGAUGACCGGCUCGGGUAGUUCGGGCGGCCCCGUCGAUAUCGAUCAUCGCUCGCCGUACCCAGCAUAUGCUGCCUACGAGGAGGGAGACAAGCGUGAAUGGCUUGACGACCCGGUUGUGCCGCGUAGGCAACUCUCUAAGAGAGGGGGCGUGCCGUUCUUACCCGGCAACUUGUUCUGUCCCGCUGUGGGCACCAGUAUUGCGAGCAGCGACGAUGGAUCGGACUGUCUGUGCUACUCGGAUGCGCCGGACGGUGACGAUGAGGACGGGUCUUACACCUAUCCCCGGCGGUCGAUCUCCAACAUGACCGAAGUUGACCUGGAUACACUGGCAGAAGUGUUUGGCUUCGGACCUAACUCGCCGUUCCAUGUGCUGGAUGUGGCCAAGUUGACCAGUUGCACAGGCAAAUCCGUCUCGAUUCCCAGUUAUGAUAACACGCCGAUCAUCUCGUACUAUGACCUCGAGAACCCGGCUUCACUGGACCCUACGAUGGGAUCAUGGAGCCCGGCUGUCCCCAUCAAUCUCGGUUUGAAUGCCAAUAACGAGCCGUACCUGAGUCUGCCGUCCGGUAAAGGAAACAAGGUCAUCUAUGCGCGUGAGCACCCGUACGAGGAGUCGAUGUCGGCCCUUUUUAUCGACUAUUUGGAGUUGCAGACUGAUCUGUGGGAGAACGCAGCCGAGGACGAGGACUUUUGUGUCUGGGUCCAGGACAAUCUCAUCGACGUCCCGGACUACAAUCCCCCGGAAUGGAACGACGUCUCUCUCUUCAACAUGCUUGGGACGUGCUACCCGAGCAAUCAGCAGCGGACGCCGAUGGUCAUCCUAGAGCAGAACGCGAACGUGAUGAAGCACAUCGCUUUCAAGGCCAAGGCGUUCCAGUUCAUCGGGAAGACGCCGGGCUCGUUGCGGGGCACCACAUCCUUCAAGAAGUACUGCCCGCAGAAGCAGAUUGCGGUCCUCAGAGCCGCUGCAGGCAUCCCGUCGUUCCUGAACCAGUACGAAGUCAGCACUAUCUUCAUCGGGAUGAACAAGUGCGUGAGGAAUCUGUGGGGCACGUGGGCAACGGCCUAUCAGAACGAUCCCAACGUGGACGCGCCCAACAAAGGGAACGUGAAUGUUGUCUCGCUGUACAACACGUGGAUCUUCCAGAUCGUCAACAGCGUCCCGGGCUACAUCCGUACCCAGCUUAAUACACUCAUCCCGCUCUACAACAAACAGUCGACCGCCGCCGCCACCGUGGAUCUGUCGUGGCCCCCGUUGUUGGACGUGGCCAAAUUCCAACAAGACCGCAACGGGCAGCCGGUCCGGACGCCGGCGUCCGUCUACGAGCCCAAUGUGCCAGUCACGCGGGCGGACUUGAUGACGGACGUCUUGGGCGCGGUGCAGGAUAUCAACUGGGCCAUUCUGUUGCAGAGCUAGAGAAGACAACUCGAGAUGAAUAUAUAUCAAUAUGUAUCCAAGCAAUUCCAUGUCGUUUGAACGGUGUAGUAAAGGCCAAAAAGAACUACCAGUACAAAGAAUGUAUAAGCGUAGAUAACGUACAUCGUAUACACAGAGGACAAGGCCAGCUACUACUUUUUCGUCUUGGACUUUUUAUUGGAGCUAGUCUCCCCCUUCGCAUCUCCCUGAAUAAAGCAUGGUCAGAAUCGGUAAACCCCAGCUGAGUGAGCCUGACUUUGCGUUUUGUUCCCUUCUUCGUCUCUGCCUUGGCGGGUGCAGGCUUUUUCUCCUUCGAUUGGACGGUGAAGAAGCCGUCCAGACGACCUUGCUGUUUGCUGUUCAGGAAUUUUGCCAGUUUCUCGGCACCCUUGCGCACUCGUUCCUCACUGUGUCCGGCAGGAACUGGAUCAAUCCAUCCACAUCUGGGUUCUUCCACUCUAACUGUCCAAGCGUCAGCUGCGGCUACAGGCAGGCAGGACUUGUGCAAGAUACCUCGACUUCGUCCGCUGGAGUGACAUCGGGCGUCUCAAACAGUUUCUUCGCCUCUUCCCAAGGCCAUUCUUCCGGGAUGGACAUCCCGCCCUUUCCCUUCCCUUCCCUUUCUUCUUCGGCUUCGGCUUCGGCGCCUCCUCCGCCUCCUCGUCCGAGUCUUUCUCGACGUCAGAAGUCGGCGCGGGCGGCUCUUCUUCGUCUUCCGACGACUCGACCACGGCAGCCUUCUCUGCGGCUCUAGAAUGAAUUCAGUAGCGCGUCGCGGGCGUGAUGAAUCGUCGCACUUAGCCCGGAGAUGCUUCACCACACCCUUCAAUCCUCCGUGUUCACGAAUGAGCUUCAGGGCUGAUUUGGGGCCGACGCCCUUGAUAGGUUCUAGGUAGUCACAGCCCAGAAGGAUGCACAGGUCCGUGAACUGCUCCGAGCUCAGAGACUGCGAGAGAAAGGUUUACGACUGACAUACCUGGCUCAUGUUCAUCUCGAGACCCUCCAGCGCUGCCUUGAGAU